CAAACCUCUGAUUUCGCCAACAUGCAGGACGCUGACGACCGCUUAUAUAAGGCGACGUCCACUUGGCUCCGUCGCAGAGCAGACGAAGAGCCUCGAAGUCGCCGGUUCUCUCCUCCCGAUUCGAGUCGACGCCGAGGAAAUGAUUGGGGUUCGACUGGUGCGUUCAGCUGUCCUGGUAUCCCUGCUGCUAGUGUUCCCGGCCUCUGUCCUCGCCUCUUGGGACGGAAAUGAAAUCCCUCCGUCCCUGCCUUCCUCCUCAGAAUCCUCUCCUGCGACCUCCCUCGCGGGAGCCCAGACCGCAAACAAGCGCAGCAUAUCCUUCGACUCGUGCACGGGCGUCUACGACCGCGAACUCCUUGUAAGGCUCGACCGCGUGUGCGAAGACUGCUACAACCUGUACCGCGACACCGACGUGGCGGUCGAAUGCAGGAGCAACUGUUUCCACAACGAGGUAUUCCUGUACUGCGUCGACUACAUGUACCGGCCUCGCCAAAGGAACCAGUACCGGGCCGCCCUGCAGAGGCUCGGCAAGUAGGCGCUUCCUCUCCGGCCACACCUUCUACGGCGACGCUCGUGCGAUGAUUCUCCAGACGACCAAGCCAGAGGCGGACAGUCUUGGGUAGGAGGGGGGGGGGCGAUAGGGCGAUCUCCCCCUCAGUACUUCCAGGAAAUGCACUGAAAAUUUAUGACCCUUCAGUAAUACUUACAUUUUCCGGAAAAUUUCAAAGCAUGAAUAACAAAAAUUUCCCUGGAGUUUACUCCCCAAAACCCCCUUCUCACCCUGAAUGUCCGUCACCAGACUAACCUCCAGAUUCUUCUUUCGUUGCUCUUGUAUCUUGGGUUGUAAGUUGUAAUAAUGCCACUGAGCUAUUUCACAGCAUGUUUAAUAUGUUAAUAAAAGUAAUGAAUAAAAAAGUAGGCACAUUA